AUGUUCAACCACCGUAGCUCCGUAUUAAUCGAAAUUGCCUGUUCCAGCCGUUCAUCAAAGGCGGUGUUUGUAGUAGCAAGGUUUUCAGGGUUCGUGUUCACCGACCACGCUGUUGUGAAUGACGACGCCAAUCCCCAUAUCUCCAGGUCGCAGUUGGAGGGCUGGGACUUUAACAAUCUUGCAGCUGAGAGAGAUCCUAUAUAUCCUCGAGUGACUAACUUAAGUGUAUCUGGAAGGUCUUGGGUGGAUUUCACUCGGUCCAUUCAUGUCAUCACAUUAUUUGGUCGUGGCUUUGGUGAAAUUAUUCGGCCAGUCAACAGUUGUUCGCAUUGGUCCAGAUUACCCCCCGGGCAGUCGUAUAUCGCGAUUUGCCACGCUGAUCUCCAAGAAACUAUGAAAGCAGGCGGCGGCAAUCCUUACUCCACGCCGGUAAAGCUGACAGAUACUCUGAUCUGGCGCAUCCCAGAAGAAUUUUCAUGGCUGUUUCAGGUUCUCUUAUCCUUGAGCACCCAUUGUGAACUUUCUCUGAAGAGUUUCAACUAUGAUAAGAAGAGUUGUGGCGCUCUUAUAUUUGGCUACAACUCAAUUCACGGAUGGUAUUGGGCAGAAAUCGUUGAACCAUCACGAGAGCCCCCGGAGCCGCAGAUGUCGAUAUUCUCGAAAAGAAAAAGCAGCUCUCCAUCCGAAGAUAGCGGGAUUGGAAAGAGCUUAGACUCAUUUACAUUCCUGGAUGGAGAGAGAGUCAUGGGACCUAGCGCCAACUUCAAUGCCAAUGAAGAAUACUUUGAGCCUCCUCGAGAACUCCCCGUGACACACACAUCAUGCCCAGAAAGAAUGUCACCAUGUUUUAUUCCCGGAGACUACACUGUGGCUAUUAUCUGUGCCCUCCAUAAAGAACUUAUGGCAGUUCGUAUACUCUUUGACUUUACCCAUGAGAACGUGUCAGUCCCAGCUGCAGAUCCCAAUUCUUACGCUUUCGGACUGAUGGGCAAGCUCGAUAUUGUUGCUACCUGUCUCCCCGAUGGUGAAUAUGGGACAAGCCCUGCCGCAGACGUUGCUUCCAAUAUGAAACGAAGUUUUUGUACUAUCAAAUUCUGUCUCUUGGUUGGAAUUGGCGGUGGAGUGCUUUCCGCCCAAAAUGAUAUUCGACUUGGAGAUGUUGUGAGCAAGCCAGUCGGCACUAGCGUGGGUACUAUAUAUACCAUAUGA